UGGAGUGACUGUAAGGAGAAGAUGAGGGCGCUUCUGUUCUCUCUGGCUUUCCUGGCCUCUCUGAAGGUUUUCCACACAGCUCCUGGUCAUGCUCCACCAGCUGUUACAACACAAACUCUCAAACGACUCUCUCUGGAAGUUGGGAAGCUAGUGGAUGAGGAGGUGCUGAGAGCUCUUUAUGGCGUUAGACAGAUGAAAGAAGUGAUGGCUAGCAACGAGAUGAAACAUGAGCAACUGAUCAAGACGCUUCAUAACAGCAGAGAAAAGAAGAAGGAAGUGUCAGAGAUGGCUCAGCAUGUGGUAAAGAAGUUGGACGAGGCUGAGCAGGAGUGUAAGGAGACUUUGAAGACUUUGUGGGAUGAGUGUCAGCCUUGCCUGCAAGACGCUUGCAAGAGCUUCUACAACAGCACCUGCCGUCGUGGCUUUGCUACUUUCUCCAAUAAGCUGGAAGGCUUUUUCCACAGGGUAAGCACACACUUUGGCUUGAUUAACACCCAAGAAGAGCUCACGAUGAACAAGAGUGAAGAGAUGCCUGACUUGGAUUUGAAGAGGAUAGAGGACACAUUUAAUGAUCUGGUCUCCAGAGUUGACACCCUGGUAACCCGCAGCAUGGCACUGGUGUUCAGAUUCCAUAGUAAGAUGGAUGAAACUCUGCAGCAGGCCUUCACUCCAGAGCCACAGGAAGAUAAGAAGAUCAAAACACUAGACUCUGACUUUUUACAGGGAGUAGGAGUAGGACUCAAAGAAGUGUUGGAGUCGUUUGUUGACUUUACGAGCAGCGUGUUGGAUGAGUUUGAAUCUGUGAUCACGCAAGCCUUUGAUGACCUACAUGGGGUCAUGGAGGAAGCAGAGACAGAACAAGAGAAGCAGCUGCUCCCUGGAUUCAUUCAGAACAAGAAGUUGUGUAGAGAUCUGCGCAGACAGUCAGCAGAGUGCUGGCAACUCCAGAGCAAGUGCCAAGCCUGCCAGGGACCACUAUUCUCUGAGUGCCCAAGCAUGCGGGAGUUACAUAUUGAGCUGAAUGAAGUAUCUGAGCUACUGGACAUUGCUAAGGAGCAGUCUGAUGAGGUUCUAGGUAUCGUGGAGCGUCACACUGUGGACACCAUCAGCUGGAUCAACAACAUGGCUGCCCAGUUUGGCUGGGUGGCAGAGCUUGCUGAUGGUGGCGUCAUGAAUCAAAACAUCUUCAACAUCACUUCGGUGGAGAAUGAGGAGACAGUUCCAGGAGAAGAAAUAAAGGCUCCAGUGGCUGACACUAAGGUUGAGGUGAACAUCCUGAAUGCUCCUCCUCUUACACUCACUGUUCCAGGUAGCCUGCAGCCACAAGAUCCUGCUUUCAUCCAAUAUGUAGCCAAUGAGGCUUUGGGGUUCUACAAACAGAAGAUGAGGUAA